AUGGCGUCUUGCUUGCGGUUGGCGGUUGCUGUUGUUGUCGUAGCGGUCUUGACACUGAAGAGUCAGAGCCAAAAUAUCACUACCGGACAGUGUUGUGGCAACUGCGUCACCGGGCCUCAAGGUCCACCUGGCAUCCCUGGCAACAACGGUAUCCCUGGCAACAGCGGCGUCCCUGGCAACCACGGCUUCCCUGGUCAUGAUGGUGCGAAGGGAGACCGAGGGGAACUAGGACCGCCCGGCGGGAAUGGUGCGAAGGGAGAUCGAGGGGAUCUAGGACCGCCCGGCGGGAACGGUGCGAAGGGAGACCGAGGGGAACUAGGACCGCCCGGCGGGAAUGGUGCCAAGGGAGACCGAGGCGAUCUGGGACCACCUGGCGGUGCCGGAGCGAAGGGAGACCGAGGGGAUCAGGGACCUCCUGGUAUCCAUGUAUCGGCCCCGAGGAACGUGAAGCAGUGUACCUGGGACAACCUAUUCAGUGCGGCUGGAUCCGGAGCGAUUGUGGAGUGUCCGUUCAAUAAGUUGUCCUCAACAUCUGCCCUGCGUGUGACGUGGAAUGGCGCCCUCAGAGUCUGGAACGAAGUCACCAGGACCGCCGUAUGCAAGCGUUGGUUCUUCACCCUUAACGGAGCUGAGUGCAGCGACCCCGCUCCCAUCGACGGCAUCAUGUUCAUGUUCGACCCCAACAACCACCCCAACAACCACCGCGUGUCCACAAUUGACGGCUUGUGCUACGGCCUGCCAGCAGGCAACAUGACCGUGACCCUCAACAUCGGCACAUGCGCAGCAGACGGACUUCCCGAAGGAUCAGCCUCCACGGGGUAUAACUCCUACUCCAGGAUCAUCGUGGAAGAGCUGGACAUCUAACCCAGAUAU